GCACUCCCUACAAAUAUGCAUCGGUCUGUCACCCAGAUCGUUGUACAAUUGGCGAUCUAUCUUUUCGAAGGAUCCAACAUGCAUUGCAGCAUCGGUGGUUCGGCAUUCGAAUGUCGGAUCGGGCAUCUGGAUGUGGCGUAGUGCAUAUGCUCCACACCACUCACUGAUCGAGUUUGCAGUUCGACAAGUCUUGCAUGUACCGGAUGGAAAGGAAUACUUGGAUAUGUAGGGCGAUGGCCCCAGCUGUGGGUAUCAAUCGUCAGAUCUUAGAAUAUAUCUUUUUGGAAUCUUCUCUUCACACUUGAGUAGGACUAAGAGAUACAUGGUAUAUUAGAAGCAAACUUCCAGGACACAGGUAACAGCUUUAAGCUUCUACUGGUAAACAUGCAUUGAAUCGUGGCCCAAUCAUGCCGUUUCCGGGGGAAACUUAUUUCUCAACCUCCUCCAUCAUCCGCAGGGCCUUCCCAGCAUACUCCUUUCCCUUAGGAGUCACUCGAUCAUCCUCCGCGUAGAACUUGAACUGCACUUUCCAUAGCUCCCAGUUCUCCCUGCUCCACACGUCCCUGGGAUUCGCCUUGGUAGUCUUGUCUUGCUCGCGACACCGAGCAUACACCCACGUCGCCUCCUCUUUAGUGCGCAACCACUGUGCAGCCGAGUCAAGCCAAGUCUCAAUAUCAGCAGGGCGCACACCGCAUCGUAUAAUAUGGGUUGGGACGCUUCUCUUUUUUCCAGCUGGAAGAAGUUCAGGAAGCAGGGAAAGAUACGAGCAGUCCACAAAACCGAUCAUGCUGAUACGGCAGAGUGUAGACUGACGAUUUCGGCUGCGCUGAUCGUGAUCGUCGUCAGGUCGAUCCUCUAUUGAUGGAAGUAAACCUAUCUGGCUGCACAUAUCCUGCUCUCUCCCAGAUUCGGAUCCUCCGCACGCUUUGUAGAUCUGCGGGAUCAGGAAGUCCAUCUGGAACCUCGUGAACUUCCAGCUUCAAAAGUUCAUCCAAGAAGUCAACGAUUCUCUUCUGGCCCUCUGAAUGCGGCGCAAAGACCUCGCACAACCAAGGGAAUGCCUGAAAGAAAGUAUCGAUGUACCCACUCGCGUUUGGCGUAGAUUUUCGCGCUAUUACGCCGUCGUCAUCGAAGAUAAGAGAAGACGGGUUGGAGCGAAUAUCUUGCAGGGUCUUUUCGGAGCUCUCCGUCACCCAAGUGUCGAGUUUAGCAGCAGCAGCGGAAGGGGAAAUGGUGUUUUGGUAGAGACCGUUGAGCAGCGAAACGCAGAAAGUGUUUUCGGGAUUCGAUGGGUCAUCAUACCACGAGGGUAUGAUCAAGGGCAACGGGGUUUCCGUGUUGUUCUCCAUACUCGCUGUUGCAGCUUUUCAAAACUUCAGUAUGAAGAGAUGAAGUUGAUAAAAAAUUGGAUCUGGUGCUGGAAUAGAGAUGGACAAUGGUAG